AUGAUCCAACCGGUCCAUUGGACGAACAGGCCCGUUGGUCCAACCGGUCCAUUGGACCAACAGGCCAGUUGGUCGAACCGCCCAUCCGCACCACCAGCCCCCUCCCACCCUUCUCUCCCCCCCUGCCUUUCCCUCUCUCUCUCUCUCUCUCUUUCUCACACACACACGCACACUCCCCUCCCCCACCCCCCACCCACGUCCUCCCAUUCCGCCCCUCCUUGCCCCUUUCCCACCCCCUCGCACGCCCCUCACCUCCCACCUCCGUGCAACUGGUUUCCCCCCUAUGGUGCCUCCCUUGCAUCGCUCGCCCCUCUGCUCACCCUUUGCCCGCCCCUUUUCCGUGCCCUCAGCUGGCCCAGCCCCUGCCCGUUGCUGCCCCUCCCCUUGCCCCCUCAACUCCCCUGCCCCCCGUACACCCCAGUCCCAUCCAACCGCCCCCACCCUCCCCCGGCUGCCCGUUUCCGCUCUCCACCCCCGCGACCGUGUGCAGGCUUCCAACCGCCCAACGGUUGUGCGCACGGGGCGUUUCUUCGCACGGGCAAGCCUCCCCGGGGGGCCCCCACCCCGCUGAGUCGUUGUUCGGGUCACACCCCCUGCCCCCUCAUGCCAUCCGCUCCCCCCGCCCCCACCCUCCGCGUGCCCGCUCCCUUGCCGCCUCUUUUGACCCUCCCUGCCCCCCUCGCCGUUUCCCACCACCCGCCAUUCGCUCCUCCCCGCCCGUGCGCUCCCCUCGUUUACCUUCUCCUCCCCCCUCCCCUCCUCUGCUGCACGCCUCUUCCUUCCCCUCGCCGACCCACUCCACUCCCUGCCCCUCCUCAAUCCGCACCCUGCCCCUCGUAUCUCGCCCCCCUAUGCUUGGUUUCUCCCCUCCCUGCCCCUCGCCGCCUUUCUCCGCUCCCCACCUCCCCUCUCUCCCUGCCCCUCCACUCUCCCCCCCUUGCCCUUGGCUUCCUACCUCCCUGCCCCACCUUUUCCCCCCUCCGUGUGCUCAGCUUCUCCCCUCCCUGCCCCUCCCUCCUCCCCUGCCCUGCCCCUCAUUUUCCGCCCCCCCACGCCCGGUUUCUCCCCUCCCCGCGCCUCCCUUUCUUUCUCCGUGCCUCUCCUUUGCUCCCUCCCUGCCCCCGCCUGCCCUAUGCCCCUGUCUUUGGCUUCUCCCCUCCCUGCCCCACGUUUCUUCCCUCCCUGCCCCCCCUCUGCCCCUCCCUUGUUUUCCCCUCACCCAUUGCUUCUCCCCUCCCUGCCCUUGAUUUCCCGCACCCCUGCCCUUGUUUCCUACCAUCCAUGCCCCUCGUUUCCCCCCUUUGUACGUUCAGCCUCUUCCCUCCCUGCCCCUCCCCUCCUCCCCCCCUGCCCUUUGCGUUCCCCUCGUUACGCUCCCUUCUCCCCAUCCCUGCUGCCCUCUUGCCACCAUCAGCCCAUCCGCACCACCAGCCCCCCUCCCACCCUUCUCUCCCCCCCUCCCUUUCCCUCUCUCUCUCUCUCUCUCUCUCUCUCUUUCUCACACACACACGCACACUCCCCUCCCCCACCCCCCACCCACGUCCUCCCAUUCCGCCCCUCCCUGCCCCUUUCCCACCCCCUCGCACGCCCCUCACCUCCCACCUCCGUGCAACUGGUUUCCCCCCUAUGGUGCCUCCCUUGCAUCGCUCGCCCCUCUGCUCACCCUCUGCCCGCCCCUUUUCCGUGCCCUCAGCUGGCCCAGCCCCUGCCCGUUGCUGCCCCUCCCCUUGCCCCCUCAACUCCCCUGCCCCCCGUACACCCCAGUCCCAUCCAACCGCCCCCACCCUCCCCCGGCUGCCCGUUUCCGCUCUCCACCCCCGCGACCUCACACCCCCUGCCUCCUCAUGCCAUCCGCUCCCCCCCGCCCCCACCCUCCGCGUGCCCGCUCCCUUGCCGCCUCUUUUGACCCUCCCUGCCCCCCUCGCCGUUUCCCACCGCCCGCCAUUCGCUCCUCCCCGCCCGUGCGCUCCCCUCGUUUACCUUCUCCUCCCCCCUCCCCUCCUCUGCUGCACGCCUCUUCCUUCCCCUCGCCGACCCACUCCACUCCCUGCCCCUCCUCAAUCCGCACCCUGCCCCUCGUAUCUCGCCCCCCUAUGCUUGGUUUCUCCCCUCCCUGCCCCUCGCCGCCUUUCUCCGCUCCCCACCUCCCCCCUCUCCCUGCUCCCCCACUCUCCCCCCCUUGCCCUUGGCUUCCUACCUCCCUGCCCCACCUUUCCCCCCUCCGUGUGCUCAGCUUCUCCCCUCCCUGCCCCUCCCUCCUCCCCGCCCUGCCCCUCAUUUUCCGCCCCCCCACGCCCGGUUUCUCCCCUCCCCGCGCCUCCCUUUCUUUCUCCGUGCCUCUCCUUUGCUCCCUCCCUGCCCCCGCCUGCCCAUGCCCCUGUCUUUGGCUUCUCCCCUCCCUGCCCCACGUUUCUUCCCUCCCUGCCCCCCCUCUGCCCCUCCCUUGUUUUCCCCUCACCCAUUGCUUCUCCCCUCCCUGCCCUUGAUUUCCCGCACCCCUGCCCUUGUUUCCUACCAUCCAUGCCCCUCGUUUCCCCCCUUUGUACGUUCAGCCUCUUCCCUCCCUGCCCCUCCCCUCCUCCCCCCCUGCCCUUUGCGUUCCCCUCGUUACGCUCCCUUCUCCCCAUCCCUGCUGCCCUCUUGCCACCAUCAGCCCAUCCGCACCACCAGCCCCCCUCCCACCCUUCUCUCCCCCCCCUCCCUUUCCCUCUCUCUCUCUCUCUCUCUCUCUUUCUCACACACACACGCACACUCCCCUCCCCCACCCCCCACCCACGUCCUCCCAUUCCGCCCCUCCCUGCCCCUUUCCCACCCCCUCGCACGCCCCUCACCUCCCACCUCCGUGCAACUGGUUUCCCCCCUAUGGUGCCUCCCUUGCAUCGCUCGCCCCUCUGCUCACCCUCUGCCCGCCCCUUUUCCGUGCCCUCAGCUGGCCCAGCCCCUGCCCGUUGCUGCCCCUCCCCUUGCCCCCUCAACUCCCCUGCCCCCCGUACACCCCAGUCCCAUCCAACCGCCCCCACCCUCCCCCGGCUGCCCGUUUCCGCUCUCCACCCCCGCGACCUCACACCCCCUGCCUCCUCAUGCCAUCCGCUCCCCCCCGCCCCCACCCUCCGCGUGCCCGCUCCCUUGCCGCCUCUUUUGACCCUCCCUGCCCCCCUCGCCGUUUCCCACCGCCCGCCAUUCGCUCCUCCCCGCCCGUGCGCUCCCCUCGUUUACCUUCUCCUCCCCCCUCCCCUCCUCUGCUGCACGCCUCUUCCUUCCCCUCGCCGACCCACUCCACUCCCUGCCCCUCCUCAAUCCGCACCCUGCCCCUCGUAUCUCGCCCCCCUAUGCUUGGUUUCUCCCCUCCCUGCCCCUCGCCGCCUUUCUCCGCUCCCCACCUCCCCCCUCUCCCUGCUCCCCCACUCUCCCCCCCUUGCCCUUGGCUUCCUACCUCCCUGCCCCACCUUUCCCCCCUCCGUGUGCUCAGCUUCUCCCCUCCCUGCCCCUCCCUCCUCCCCGCCCUGCCCCUCAUUUUCCGCCCCCCCACGCCCGGUUUCUCCCCUCCCCGCGCCUCCCUUUCUUUCUCCGUGCCUCUCCUUUGCUCCCUCCCUGCCCCCGCCUGCCCAUGCCCCUGUCUUUGGCUUCUCCCCUCCCUGCCCCACGUUUCUUCCCUCCCUGCCCCCCCUCUGCCCCUCCCUUGUUUUCCCCUCACCCAUUGCUUCUCCCCUCCCUGCCCUUGAUUUCCCGCACCCCUGCCCUUGUUUCCUACCAUCCAUGCCCCUCGUUUCCCCCCUUUGUACGUUCAGCCUCUUCCCUCCCUGCCCCUCCCCUCCUCCCCCCCUGCCCUUUGCGUUCCCCUCGUUACGCUCCCUUCUCCCCAUCCCUGCUGCCCUCUUGCCACCAUCAGCCCAUCCGCACCACCAGCCCCCCUCCCACCCUUCUCUCCCCCCCUCCCUUUCCCUCUCUCUCUCUCUCUCUCUCUCUCUCUCUCUCUCUUUCUCACACACACACGCACACUCCCCUCCCCCACCCCCCACCCACGUCCUCCCAUUCCGCCCCUCCCUGCCCCUUUCCCACCCCCUCGCACGCCCCUCACCUCCCACCUCCGUGCAACUGGUUUCCCCCCUAUGGUGCCUCCCUUGCAUCGCUCGCCCCUCUGCUCACCCUCUGCCCGCCCCUUUUCCGUGCCCUCAGCUGGCCCAGCCCCUGCCCGUUGCUGCCCCUCCCCUUGCCCCCUCAACUCCCCUGCCCCCCGUACACCCCAGUCCCAUCCAACCGCCCCCACCCUCCCCCGGCUGCCCGUUUCCGCUCUCCACCCCCGCGACCGUGUGCGGCUUCCAACCGCCCAACGGUGGUGCGCACGGGGCGUUUCUUCGCACGGGCAAGCCUCCCCGGGGGGCCCCCACCCCGCUGAGUCGUUUCACACCCCCUGCCUCCUCAUGCCAUCCGCUCCCCCCCGCCCCCACCCUCCGCGUGCCCGCUCCCUUGCCGCCUCUUUUGACCCUCCCUGCCCCCCUCGCCGUUUCCCACCGCCCGCCAUUCGCUCCUCCCCGCCCGUGCGCUCCCCUCGUUUACCUUCUCCUCCCCCCUCCCCUCCUCUGCUGCACGCCUCUUCCUUCCCCUCGCCGACCCACUCCACUCCCUGCCCCUCCUCAAUCCGCACCCUGCCCCUCGUAUCUCGCCCCCCUAUGCUUGGUUUCUCCCCUCCCUGCCCCUCGCCGCCUUUCUCCGCUCCCCACCUCCCCCCUCUCCCUGCUCCCCCACUCUCCCCCCCUUGCCCUUGGCUUCCUACCUCCCUGCCCCACCUUUCCCCCCUCCGUGUGCUCAGCUUCUCCCCUCCCUGCCCCUCCCUCCUCCCCGCCCUGCCCCUCAUUUUCCGCCCCCCCACGCCCGGUUUCUCCCCUCCCCGCGCCUCCCUUUCUUUCUCCGUGCCUCUCCUUUGCUCCCUCCCUGCCCCCGCCUGCCCAUGCCCCUGUCUUUGGCUUCUCCCCUCCCUGCCCCACGUUUCUUCCCUCCCUGCCCCCCCUCUGCCCCUCCCUUGUUUUCCCCUCACCCAUUGCUUCUCCCCUCCCUGCCCUUGAUUUCCCGCACCCCUGCCCUUGUUUCCUACCAUCCAUGCCCCUCGUUUCCCCCCUUUGUACGUUCAGCCUCUUCCCUCCCUGCCCCUCCCCUCCUCCCCCCCUGCCCUUUGCGUUCCCCUCGUUACGCUCCCUUCUCCCCAUCCCUGCUGCCCUCUUGCCACCAUCAGCCCAUCCGCACCACCAGCCCCCCUCCCACCCUUCUCUCCCCCCCUCCCUUUCCCUCUCUCUCUCUCUCUCUCUCUCUCUCUCUCUCUUUCUCACACACACACGCACACUCCCCUCCCCCACCCCCCACCCACGUCCUCCCAUUCCGCCCCUCCCUGCCCCUUUCCCACCCCCUCGCACGCCCCUCACCUCCCACCUCCGUGCAACUGGUUUCCCCCCUAUGGUGCCUCCCUUGCAUCGCUCGCCCCUCUGCUCACCCUCUGCCCGCCCCUUUUCCGUGCCCUCAGCUGGCCCAGCCCCUGCCCGUUGCUGCCCCUCCCCUUGCCCCCUCAACUCCCCUGCCCCCCGUACACCCCAGUCCCAUCCAACCGCCCCCACCCUCCCCCGGCUGCCCGUUUCCGCUCUCCACCCCCGCGACCUCACACCCCCUGCCUCCUCAUGCCAUCCGCUCCCCCCCGCCCCCACCCUCCGCGUGCCCGCUCCCUUGCCGCCUCUUUUGACCCUCCCUGCCCCCCUCGCCGUUUCCCACCGCCCGCCAUUCGCUCCUCCCCGCCCGUGCGCUCCCCUCGUUUACCUUCUCCUCCCCCCUCCCCUCCUCUGCUGCACGCCUCUUCCUUCCCCUCGCCGACCCACUCCACUCCCUGCCCCUCCUCAAUCCGCACCCUGCCCCUCGUAUCUCGCCCCCCUAUGCUUGGUUUCUCCCCUCCCUGCCCCUCGCCGCCUUUCUCCGCUCCCCACCUCCCCCCUCUCCCUGCUCCCCCACUCUCCCCCCCUUGCCCUUGGCUUCCUACCUCCCUGCCCCACCUUUCCCCCCUCCGUGUGCUCAGCUUCUCCCCUCCCUGCCCCUCCCUCCUCCCCGCCCUGCCCCUCAUUUUCCGCCCCCCCACGCCCGGUUUCUCCCCUCCCCGCGCCUCCCUUUCUUUCUCCGUGCCUCUCCUUUGCUCCCUCCCUGCCCCCGCCUGCCCAUGCCCCUGUCUUUGGCUUCUCCCCUCCCUGCCCCACGUUUCUUCCCUCCCUGCCCCCCCUCUGCCCCUCCCUUGUUUUCCCCUCACCCAUUGCUUCUCCCCUCCCUGCCCUUGAUUUCCCGCACCCCUGCCCUUGUUUCCUACCAUCCAUGCCCCUCGUUUCCCCCCUUUGUACGUUCAGCCUCUUCCCUCCCUGCCCCUCCCCUCCUCCCCCCCUGCCCUUUGCGUUCCCCUCGUUACGCUCCCUUCUCCCCAUCCCUGCUGCCCUCUUGCCACCAUCAGCCCAUCCGCACCACCAGCCCCCCUCCCACCCUUCUCUCCCCCCCUCCCUUUCCCUCUCUCUCUCUCUCUCUCUCUCUCUCUCUCUCUCUUUCUCACACACACACGCACACUCCCCUCCCCCACCCCCCACCCACGUCCUCCCAUUCCGCCCCUCCCUGCCCCUUUCCCACCCCCUCGCACGCCCCUCACCUCCCACCUCCGUGCAACUGGUUUCCCCCCUAUGGUGCCUCCCUUGCAUCGCUCGCCCCUCUGCUCACCCUCUGCCCGCCCCUUUUCCGUGCCCUCAGCUGGCCCAGCCCCUGCCCGUUGCUGCCCCUCCCCUUGCCCCCUCAACUCCCCUGCCCCCCGUACACCCCAGUCCCAUCCAACCGCCCCCACCCUCCCCCGGCUGCCCGUUUCCGCUCUCCACCCCCGCGACCGUGUGCGGCUUCCAACCGCCCAACGGUGGUGCGCACGGGGCGUUUCUUCGCACGGGCAAGCCUCCCCGGGGGGCCCCCACCCCGCUGAGUCGUUUCACACCCCCUGCCUCCUCAUGCCAUCCGCUCCCCCCCGCCCCCACCCUCCGCGUGCCCGCUCCCUUGCCGCCUCUUUUGACCCUCCCUGCCCCCCUCGCCGUUUCCCACCGCCCGCCAUUCGCUCCUCCCCGCCCGUGCGCUCCCCUCGUUUACCUUCUCCUCCCCCCUCCCCUCCUCUGCUGCACGCCUCUUCCUUCCCCUCGCCGACCCACUCCACUCCCUGCCCCUCCUCAAUCCGCACCCUGCCCCUCGUAUCUCGCCCCCCUAUGCUUGGUUUCUCCCCUCCCUGCCCCUCGCCGCCUUUCUCCGCUCCCCACCUCCCCCCUCUCCCUGCUCCCCCACUCUCCCCCCCUUGCCCUUGGCUUCCUACCUCCCUGCCCCACCUUUCCCCCCUCCGUGUGCUCAGCUUCUCCCCUCCCUGCCCCUCCCUCCUCCCCGCCCUGCCCCUCAUUUUCCGCCCCCCCACGCCCGGUUUCUCCCCUCCCCGCGCCUCCCUUUCUUUCUCCGUGCCUCUCCUUUGCUCCCUCCCUGCCCCCGCCUGCCCAUGCCCCUGUCUUUGGCUUCUCCCCUCCCUGCCCCACGUUUCUUCCCUCCCUGCCCCCCCUCUGCCCCUCCCUUGUUUUCCCCUCACCCAUUGCUUCUCCCCUCCCUGCCCUUGAUUUCCCGCACCCCUGCCCUUGUUUCCUACCAUCCAUGCCCCUCGUUUCCCCCCUUUGUACGUUCAGCCUCUUCCCUCCCUGCCCCUCCCCUCCUCCCCCCCUGCCCUUUGCGUUCCCCUCGUUACGCUCCCUUCUCCCCAUCCCUGCUGCCCUCUUGCCACCAUCAGCCCAUCCGCACCACCAGCCCCCCUCCCACCCUUCUCUCCCCCCCUCCCUUUCCCUCUCUCUCUCUCUCUCUCUCUCUCUCUCUCUUUCUCACACACACACGCACACUCCCCUCCCCCACCCCCCACCCACGUCCUCCCAUUCCGCCCCUCCCUGCCCCUUUCCCACCCCCUCGCACGCCCCUCACCUCCCACCUCCGUGCAACUGGUUUCCCCCCUAUGGUGCCUCCCUUGCAUCGCUCGCCCCUCUGCUCACCCUCUGCCCGCCCCUUUUCCGUGCCCUCAGCUGGCCCAGCCCCUGCCCGUUGCUGCCCCUCCCCUUGCCCCCUCAACUCCCCUGCCCCCCGUACACCCCAGUCCCAUCCAACCGCCCCCACCCUCCCCCGGCUGCCCGUUUCCGCUCUCCACCCCCGCGACCGUUCACACCCCCUGCCUCCUCAUGCCAUCCGCUCCCCCCCGCCCCCACCCUCCGCGUGCCCGCUCCCUUGCCGCCUCUUUUGACCCUCCCUGCCCCCCUCGCCGUUUCCCACCGCCCGCCAUUCGCUCCUCCCCGCCCGUGCGCUCCCCUCGUUUACCUUCUCCUCCCCCCUCCCCUCCUCUGCUGCACGCCUCUUCCUUCCCCUCGCCGACCCACUCCACUCCCUGCCCCUCCUCAAUCCGCACCCUGCCCCUCGUAUCUCGCCCCCCUAUGCUUGGUUUCUCCCCUCCCUGCCCCUCGCCGCCUUUCUCCGCUCCCCACCUCCCCCCUCUCCCUGCUCCCCCACUCUCCCCCCCUUGCCCUUGGCUUCCUACCUCCCUGCCCCACCUUUCCCCCCUCCGUGUGCUCAGCUUCUCCCCUCCCUGCCCCUCCCUCCUCCCCGCCCUGCCCCUCAUUUUCCGCCCCCCCACGCCCGGUUUCUCCCCUCCCCGCGCCUCCCUUUCUUUCUCCGUGCCUCUCCUUUGCUCCCUCCCUGCCCCCGCCUGCCCAUGCCCCUGUCUUUGGCUUCUCCCCUCCCUGCCCCACGUUUCUUCCCUCCCUGCCCCCCCUCUGCCCCUCCCUUGUUUUCCCCUCACCCAUUGCUUCUCCCCUCCCUGCCCUUGAUUUCCCGCACCCCUGCCCUUGUUUCCUACCAUCCAUGCCCCUCGUUUCCCCCCUUUGUACGUUCAGCCUCUUCCCUCCCUGCCCCUCCCCUCCUCCCCCCCUGCCCUUUGCGUUCCCCUCGUUACGCUCCCUUCUCCCCAUCCCUGCUGCCCUCUUGCCACCAUCAGCCCAUCCGCACCACCAGCCCCCCUCCCACCCUUCUCUCCCCCCCUCCCUUUCCCUCUCUCUCUCUCUCUCUCUCUCUCUCUCUCUUUCUCACACACACACGCACACUCCCCUCCCCCACCCCCCACCCACGUCCUCCCAUUCCGCCCCUCCCUGCCCCUUUCCCACCCCCUCGCACGCCCCUCACCUCCCACCUCCGUGCAACUGGUUUCCCCCCUAUGGUGCCUCCCUUGCAUCGCUCGCCCCUCUGCUCACCCUCUGCCCGCCCCUUUUCCGUGCCCUCAGCUGGCCCAGCCCCUGCCCGUUGCUGCCCCUCCCCUUGCCCCCUCAACUCCCCUGCCCCCCGUACACCCCAGUCCCAUCCAACCGCCCCCACCCUCCCCCGGCUGCCCGUUUCCGCUCUCCACCCCCGCGACCGUUCACACCCCCUGCCUCCUCAUGCCAUCCGCUCCCCCCCGCCCCCACCCUCCGCGUGCCCGCUCCCUUGCCGCCUCUUUUGACCCUCCCUGCCCCCCUCGCCGUUUCCCACCGCCCGCCAUUCGCUCCUCCCCGCCCGUGCGCUCCCCUCGUUUACCUUCUCCUCCCCCCUCCCCUCCUCUGCUGCACGCCUCUUCCUUCCCCUCGCCGACCCACUCCACUCCCUGCCCCUCCUCAAUCCGCACCCUGCCCCUCGUAUCUCGCCCCCCUAUGCUUGGUUUCUCCCCUCCCUGCCCCUCGCCGCCUUUCUCCGCUCCCCACCUCCCCCCUCUCCCUGCUCCCCCACUCUCCCCCCCUUGCCCUUGGCUUCCUACCUCCCUGCCCCACCUUUCCCCCCUCCGUGUGCUCAGCUUCUCCCCUCCCUGCCCCUCCCUCCUCCCCGCCCUGCCCCUCAUUUUCCGCCCCCCCACGCCCGGUUUCUCCCCUCCCCGCGCCUCCCUUUCUUUCUCCGUGCCUCUCCUUUGCUCCCUCCCUGCCCCCGCCUGCCCAUGCCCCUGUCUUUGGCUUCUCCCCUCCCUGCCCCACGUUUCUUCCCUCCCUGCCCCCCCUCUGCCCCUCCCUUGUUUUCCCCUCACCCAUUGCUUCUCCCCUCCCUGCCCUUGAUUUCCCGCACCCCUGCCCUUGUUUCCUACCAUCCAUGCCCCUCGUUUCCCCCCUUUGUACGUUCAGCCUCUUCCCUCCCUGCCCCUCCCCUCCUCCCCCCCUGCCCUUUGCGUUCCCCUCGCUUACGCUCCCUUCUCCCCAUCCCUGCUGCCCUCUUGCCACCAUCAGCCCAUCCGCACCACCAGCCCCCCUCCCACCCUUCUCUCCCCCCCUCCCUUUCCCUCUCUCUCUCUCUCUCUCUCUCUCUUUCUCACACACACACGCACACUCCCCUCCCCCACCCCCCACCCACGUCCUCCCAUUCCGCCCCUCCCUGCCCCUUUCCCACCCCCUCGCACGCCCCUCACCUCCCACCUCCGUGCAACUGGUUUCCCCCCUAUGGUGCCUCCCUUGCAUCGCUCGCCCCGCUGCUCACCCUCUGCCCGCCCCUUUUCCGUGCCCUCAGCUGGCCCAGCCCCUGCCCGUUGCUGCCCCUCCCCUUGCCCCCUCAACUCCCCUGCCCCCCGUACACCCCAGUCCCAUCCAACCGCCCCCACCCUCCCCCGGCUGCCCGUUUCCGCUCUCCACCCCCGCGACCGUGUGCGGCUUCCAACCGCCCAACGGUGGUGCGCACGGGGCGUUUCUUCGCACGGGCAAGCCUCCCCGGGGGGCCCCCACCCCGCUGAGUCGUUUCACACCCCCUGCCUCCUCAUGCCAUCCGCUCCCCCCCGCCCCCACCCUCCGCGUGCCCGCUCCCUUGCCGCCUCUUUUGACCCUCCCUGCCCCCCUCGCCGUUUCCCACCGCCCGCCAUUCGCUCCUCCCCGCCCGUGCGCUCCCCUCGUUUACCUUCUCCUCCCCCCUCCCCUCCUCUGCUGCACGCCUCUUCCUUCCCCUCGCCGACCCACUCCACUCCCUGCCCCUCCUCAAUCCGCACCCUGCCCCUCGUAUCUCGCCCCCCUAUGCUUGGUUUCUCCCCUCCCUGCCCCUCGCCGCCUUUCUCCGCUCCCCACCUCCCCCCUCUCCCUGCUCCCCCACUCUCCCCCCCUUGCCCUUGGCUUCCUACCUCCCUGCCCCACCUUUCCCCCCUCCGUGUGCUCAGCUUCUCCCCUCCCUGCCCCUCCCUCCUCCCCGCCCUGCCCCUCAUUUUCCGCCCCCCCACGCCCGGUUUCUCCCCUCCCCGCGCCUCCCUUUCUUUCUCCGUGCCUCUCCUUUGCUCCCUCCCUGCCCCCGCCUGCCCAUGCCCCUGUCUUUGGCUUCUCCCCUCCCUGCCCCACGUUUCUUCCCUCCCUGCCCCCCCUCUGCCCCUCCCUUGUUUUCCCCUCACCCAUUGCUUCUCCCCUCCCUGCCCUUGAUUUCCCGCACCCCUGCCCUUGUUUCCUACCAUCCAUGCCCCUCGUUUCCCCCCUUUGUACGUUCAGCCUCUUCCCUCCCUGCCCCUCCCCUCCUCCCCCCCUGCCCUUUGCGUUCCCCUCGUUACGCUCCCUUCUCCCCAUCCCUGCUGCCCUCUUGCCACCAUCAGCCCAUCCGCACCACCAGCCCCCCUCCCACCCUUCUCUCCCCCCCUCCCUUUCCCUCUCUCUCUCUCUCUCUCUCUCUCUCUCUCUUUCUCACACACACACGCACACUCCCCUCCCCCACCCCCCACCCACGUCCUCCCAUUCCGCCCCUCCCUGCCCCUUUCCCACCCCCUCGCACGCCCCUCACCUCCCACCUCCGUGCAACUGGUUUCCCCCCUAUGGUGCCUCCCUUGCAUCGCUCGCCCCUCUGCUCACCCUCUGCCCGCCCCUUUUCCGUGCCCUCAGCUGGCCCAGCCCCUGCCCGUUGCUGCCCCUCCCCUUGCCCCCUCAACUCCCCUGCCCCCCGUACACCCCAGUCCCAUCCAACCGCCCCCACCCUCCCCCGGCUGCCCGUUUCCGCUCUCCACCCCCGCGACCGUUCACACCCCCUGCCUCCUCAUGCCAUCCGCUCCCCCCCGCCCCCACCCUCCGCGUGCCCGCUCCCUUGCCGCCUCUUUUGACCCUCCCUGCCCCCCUCGCCGUUUCCCACCGCCCGCCAUUCGCUCCUCCCCGCCCGUGCGCUCCCCUCGUUUACCUUCUCCUCCCCCCUCCCCUCCUCUGCUGCACGCCUCUUCCUUCCCCUCGCCGACCCACUCCACUCCCUGCCCCUCCUCAAUCCGCACCCUGCCCCUCGUAUCUCGCCCCCCUAUGCUUGGUUUCUCCCCUCCCUGCCCCUCGCCGCCUUUCUCCGCUCCCCACCUCCCCCCUCUCCCUGCUCCCCCACUCUCCCCCCCUUGCCCUUGGCUUCCUACCUCCCUGCCCCACCUUUCCCCCCUCCGUGUGCUCAGCUUCUCCCCUCCCUGCCCCUCCCUCCUCCCCGCCCUGCCCCUCAUUUUCCGCCCCCCCACGCCCGGUUUCUCCCCUCCCCGCGCCUCCCUUUCUUUCUCCGUGCCUCUCCUUUGCUCCCUCCCUGCCCCCGCCUGCCCAUGCCCCUGUCUUUGGCUUCUCCCCUCCCUGCCCCACGUUUCUUCCCUCCCUGCCCCCCCUCUGCCCCUCCCUUGUUUUCCCCUCACCCAUUGCUUCUCCCCUCCCUGCCCUUGAUUUCCCGCACCCCUGCCCUUGUUUCCUACCAUCCAUGCCCCUCGUUUCCCCCCUUUGUACGUUCAGCCUCUUCCCUCCCUGCCCCUCCCCUCCUCCCCCCCUGCCCUUUGCGUUCCCCUCGCUUACGCUCCCUUCUCCCCAUCCCUGCUGCCCUCUUGCCACCAUCAGCCCAUCCGCACCACCAGCCCCCCUCCCACCCUUCUCUCCCCCCCUCCCUUUCCCUCUCUCUCUCUCUCUCUCUCUCUCUCUUUCUCACACACACACGCACACUCCCCUCCCCCACCCCCCACCCACGUCCUCCCAUUCCGCCCCUCCCUGCCCCUUUCCCACCCCCUCGCACGCCCCUCACCUCCCACCUCCGUGCAACUGGUUUCCCCCCUAUGGUGCCUCCCUUGCAUCGCUCGCCCCUCUGCUCACCCUCUGCCCGCCCCUUUUCCGUGCCCUCAGCUGGCCCAGCCCCUGCCCGUUGCUGCCCCUCCCCUUGCCCCCUCAACUCCCCUGCCCCCCGUACACCCCAGUCCCAUCCAACCGCCCCCACCCUCCCCCGGCUGCCCGUUUCCGCUCUCCACCCCCGCGACCGUUCACACCCCCUGCCUCCUCAUGCCAUCCGCUCCCCCCCGCCCCCACCCUCCGCGUGCCCGCUCCCUUGCCGCCUCUUUUGACCCUCCCUGCCCCCCUCGCCGUUUCCCACCGCCCGCCAUUCGCUCCUCCCCGCCCGUGCGCUCCCCUCGUUUACCUUCUCCUCCCCCCUCCCCUCCUCUGCUGCACGCCUCUUCCUUCCCCUCGCCGACCCACUCCACUCCCUGCCCCUCCUCAAUCCGCACCCUGCCCCUCGUAUCUCGCCCCCCUAUGCUUGGUUUCUCCCCUCCCUGCCCCUCGCCGCCUUUCUCCGCUCCCCACCUCCCCCCUCUCCCUGCUCCCCCACUCUCCCCCCCUUGCCCUUGGCUUCCUACCUCCCUGCCCCACCUUUCCCCCCUCCGUGUGCUCAGCUUCUCCCCUCCCUGCCCCUCCCUCCUCCCCGCCCUGCCCCUCAUUUUCCGCCCCCCCACGCCCGGUUUCUCCCCUCCCCGCGCCUCCCUUUCUUUCUCCGUGCCUCUCCUUUGCUCCCUCCCUGCCCCCGCCUGCCCAUGCCCCUGUCUUUGGCUUCUCCCCUCCCUGCCCCACGUUUCUUCCCUCCCUGCCCCCCCUCUGCCCCUCCCUUGUUUUCCCCUCACCCAUUGCUUCUCCCCUCCCUGCCCUUGAUUUCCCGCACCCCUGCCCUUGUUUCCUACCAUCCAUGCCCCUCGUUUCCCCCCUUUGUACGUUCAGCCUCUUCCCUCCCUGCCCCUCCCCUCCUCCCCCCCUGCCCUUUGCGUUCCCCUCGUUACGCUCCCUUCUCCCCAUCCCUGCUGCCCUCUUGCCACCAUCAGCCCAUCCGCACCACCAGCCCCCCUCCCACCCUUCUCUCCCCCCCUCCCUUUCCCUCUCUCUCUCUCUCUCUCUCUCUCUCUCUUUCUCACACACACACGCACACUCCCCUCCCCCACCCCCCACCCACGUCCUCCCAUUCCGCCCCUCCCUGCCCCUUUCCCACCCCCUCGCACGCCCCUCACCUCCCACCUCCGUGCAACUGGUUUCCCCCCUAUGGUGCCUCCCUUGCAUCGCUCGCCCCUCUGCUCACCCUCUGCCCGCCCCUUUUCCGUGCCCUCAGCUGGCCCAGCCCCUGCCCGUUGCUGCCCCUCCCCUUGCCCCCUCAACUCCCCUGCCCCCCGUACACCCCAGUCCCAUCCAACCGCCCCCACCCUCCCCCGGCUGCCCGUUUCCGCUCUCCACCCCCGCGACCGUGUGCGGCUUCCAACCGCCCAACGGUGGUGCGCACGGGGCGUUUCUUCGCACGGGCAAGCCUCCCCGGGGGGCCCCCACCCCGCUGAGUCGUUUCACACCCCCUGCCUCCUCAUGCCAUCCGCUCCCCCCCGCCCCCACCCUCCGCGUGCCCGCUCCCUUGCCGCCUCUUUUGACCCUCCCUGCCCCCCUCGCCGUUUCCCACCGCCCGCCAUUCGCUCCUCCCCGCCCGUGCGCUCCCCUCGUUUACCUUCUCCUCCCCCCUCCCCUCCUCUGCUGCACGCCUCUUCCUUCCCCUCGCCGACCCACUCCACUCCCUGCCCCUCCUCAAUCCGCACCCUGCCCCUCGUAUCUCGCCCCCCUAUGCUUGGUUUCUCCCCUCCCUGCCCCUCGCCGCCUUUCUCCGCUCCCCACCUCCCCCCUCUCCCUGCUCCCCCACUCUCCCCCCCUUGCCCUUGGCUUCCUACCUCCCUGCCCCACCUUUCCCCCCUCCGUGUGCUCAGCUUCUCCCCUCCCUGCCCCUCCCUCCUCCCCGCCCUGCCCCUCAUUUUCCGCCCCCCCACGCCCGGUUUCUCCCCUCCCCGCGCCUCCCUUUCUUUCUCCGUGCCUCUCCUUUGCUCCCUCCCUGCCCCCGCCUGCCCAUGCCCCUGUCUUUGGCUUCUCCCCUCCCUGCCCCACGUUUCUUCCCUCCCUGCCCCCCCUCUGCCCCUCCCUUGUUUUCCCCUCACCCAUUGCUUCUCCCCUCCCUGCCCUUGAUUUCCCGCACCCCUGCCCUUGUUUCCUACCAUCCAUGCCCCUCGUUUCCCCCCUUUGUACGUUCAGCCUCUUCCCUCCCUGCCCCUCCCCUCCUCCCCCCCUGCCCUUUGCGUUCCCCUCGCUACGCUCCCUUCUCCCCAUCCCUGCUGCCCUCUUGCCACCAUCAGCCCAUCCGCACCACCAGCCCCCCUCCCACCCUUCUCUCCCCCCCUCCCUUUCCCUCUCUCUCUCUCUCUCUCUCUCUCUCUCUCUUUCUCACACACACACGCACACUCCCCUCCCCCACCCCCCACCCACGUCCUCCCAUUCCGCCCCUCCCUGCCCCUUUCCCACCCCCUCGCACGCCCCUCACCUCCCACCUCCGUGCAACUGGUUUCCCCCCUAUGGUGCCUCCCUUGCAUCGCUCGCCCCUCUGCUCACCCUCUGCCCGCCCCUUUUCCGUGCCCUCAGCUGGCCCAGCCCCUGCCCGUUGCUGCCCCUCCCCUUGCCCCCUCAACUCCCCUGCCCCCCGUACACCCCAGUCCCAUCCAACCGCCCCCACCCUCCCCCGGCUGCCCGUUUCCGCUCUCCACCCCCGCGACCGUUCACACCCCCUGCCUCCUCAUGCCAUCCGCUCCCCCCCGCCCCCACCCUCCGCGUGCCCGCUCCCUUGCCGCCUCUUUUGACCCUCCCUGCCCCCCUCGCCGUUUCCCACCGCCCGCCAUUCGCUCCUCCCCGCCCGUGCGCUCCCCUCGUUUACCUUCUCCUCCCCCCUCCCCUCCUCUGCUGCACGCCUCUUCCUUCCCCUCGCCGACCCACUCCACUCCCUGCCCCUCCUCAAUCCGCACCCUGCCCCUCGUAUCUCGCCCCCCUAUGCUUGGUUUCUCCCCUCCCUGCCCCUCGCCGCCUUUCUCCGCUCCCCACCUCCCCCCUCUCCCUGCUCCCCCACUCUCCCCCCCUUGCCCUUGGCUUCCUACCUCCCUGCCCCACCUUUCCCCCCUCCGUGUGCUCAGCUUCUCCCCUCCCUGCCCCUCCCUCCUCCCCGCCCUGCCCCUCAUUUUCCGCCCCCCCACGCCCGGUUUCUCCCCUCCCCGCGCCUCCCUUUCUUUCUCCGUGCCUCUCCUUUGCUCCCUCCCUGCCCCCGCCUGCCCAUGCCCCUGUCUUUGGCUUCUCCCCUCCCUGCCCCACGUUUCUUCCCUCCCUGCCCCCCCUCUGCCCCUCCCUUGUUUUCCCCUCACCCAUUGCUUCUCCCCUCCCUGCCCUUGAUUUCCCGCACCCCUGCCCUUGUUUCCUACCAUCCAUGCCCCUCGUUUCCCCCCUUUGUACGUUCAGCCUCUUCCCUCCCUGCCCCUCCCCUCCUCCCCCCCUGCCCUUUGCGUUCCCCUCGUUACGCUCCCUUCUCCCCAUCCCUGCUGCCCUCUUGCCACCAUCAGCCCAUCCGCACCACCAGCCCCCCUCCCACCCUUCUCUCCCCCCCUCCCUUUCCCUCUCUCUCUCUCUCUCUCUCUCUCUCUCUCUUUCUCACACACACACGCACACUCCCCUCCCCCACCCCCCACCCACGUCCUCCCAUUCCGCCCCUCCCUGCCCCUUUCCCACCCCCUCGCACGCCCCUCACCUCCCACCUCCGUGCAACUGGUUUCCCCCCUAUGGUGCCUCCCUUGCAUCGCUCGCCCCUCUGCUCACCCUCUGCCCGCCCCUUUUCCGUGCCCUCAGCUGGCCCAGCCCCUGCCCGUUGCUGCCCCUCCCCUUGCCCCCUCAACUCCCCUGCCCCCCGUACACCCCAGUCCCAUCCAACCGCCCCCACCCUCCCCCGGCUGCCCGUUUCCGCUCUCCACCCCCGCGACCGUUCACACCCCCUGCCUCCUCAUGCCAUCCGCUCCCCCCCGCCCCCACCCUCCGCGUGCCCGCUCCCUUGCCGCCUCUUUUGACCCUCCCUGCCCCCCUCGCCGUUUCCCACCGCCCGCCAUUCGCUCCUCCCCGCCCGUGCGCUCCCCUCGUUUACCUUCUCCUCCCCCCUCCCCUCCUCUGCUGCACGCCUCUUCCUUCCCCUCGCCGACCCACUCCACUCCCUGCCCCUCCUCAAUCCGCACCCUGCCCCUCGUAUCUCGCCCCCCUAUGCUUGGUUUCUCCCCUCCCUGCCCCUCGCCGCCUUUCUCCGCUCCCCACCUCCCCCCUCUCCCUGCUCCCCCACUCUCCCCCCCUUGCCCUUGGCUUCCUACCUCCCUGCCCCACCUUUCCCCCCUCCGUGUGCUCAGCUUCUCCCCUCCCUGCCCCUCCCUCCUCCCCGCCCUGCCCCUCAUUUUCCGCCCCCCCACGCCCGGUUUCUCCCCUCCCCGCGCCUCCCUUUCUUUCUCCGUGCCUCUCCUUUGCUCCCUCCCUGCCCCCGCCUGCCCAUGCCCCUGUCUUUGGCUUCUCCCCUCCCUGCCCCACGUUUCUUCCCUCCCUGCCCCCCCUCUGCCCCUCCCUUGUUUUCCCCUCACCCAUUGCUUCUCCCCUCCCUGCCCUUGAUUUCCCGCACCCCUGCCCUUGUUUCCUACCAUCCAUGCCCCUCGUUUCCCCCCUUUGUACGUUCAGCCUCUUCCCUCCCUGCCCCUCCCCUCCUCCCCCCCUGCCCUUUGCGUUCCCCUCGUUACGCUCCCUUCUCCCCAUCCCUGCUGCCCUCUUGCCACCAUCAGCCCAUCCGCACCACCAGCCCCCCUCCCACCCUUCUCUCCCCCCCUCCCUUUCCCUCUCUCUCUCUCUCUCUCUCUCUCUCUCUUUCUCACACACACACGCACACUCCCCUCCCCCACCCCCCACCCACGUCCUCCCAUUCCGCCCCUCCCUGCCCCUUUCCCACCCCCUCGCACGCCCCUCACCUCCCACCUCCGUGCAACUGGUUUCCCCCCUAUGGUGCCUCCCUUGCAUCGCUCGCCCCUCUGCUCACCCUCUGCCCGCCCCUUUUCCGUGCCCUCAGCUGGCCCAGCCCCUGCCCGUUGCUGCCCCUCCCCUUGCCCCCUCAACUCCCCUGCCCCCCGUACACCCCAGUCCCAUCCAACCGCCCCCACCCUCCCCCGGCUGCCCGUUUCCGCUCUCCACCCCCGCGACCGUGUGCGGCUUCCAACCGCCCAACGGUGGUGCGCACGGGGCGUUUCUUCGCACGGGCAAGCCUCCCCGGGGGGCCCCCACCCCGCUGAGUCGUUUCACACCCCCUGCCUCCUCAUGCCAUCCGCUCCCCCCCGCCCCCACCCUCCGCGUGCCCGCUCCCUUGCCGCCUCUUUUGACCCUCCCUGCCCCCCUCGCCGUUUCCCACCGCCCGCCAUUCGCUCCUCCCCGCCCGUGCGCUCCCCUCGUUUACCUUCUCCUCCCCCCUCCCCUCCUCUGCUGCACGCCUCUUCCUUCCCCUCGCCGACCCACUCCACUCCCUGCCCCUCCUCAAUCCGCACCCUGCCCCUCGUAUCUCGCCCCCCUAUGCUUGGUUUCUCCCCUCCCUGCCCCUCGCCGCCUUUCUCCGCUCCCCACCUCCCCCCUCUCCCUGCUCCCCCACUCUCCCCCCCUUGCCCUUGGCUUCCUACCUCCCUGCCCCACCUUUCCCCCCUCCGUGUGCUCAGCUUCUCCCCUCCCUGCCCCUCCCUCCUCCCCGCCCUGCCCCUCAUUUUCCGCCCCCCCACGCCCGGUUUCUCCCCUCCCCGCGCCUCCCUUUCUUUCUCCGUGCCUCUCCUUUGCUCCCUCCCUGCCCCCGCCUGCCCAUGCCCCUGUCUUUGGCUUCUCCCCUCCCUGCCCCACGUUUCUUCCCUCCCUGCCCCCCCUCUGCCCCUCCCUUGUUUUCCCCUCACCCAUUGCUUCUCCCCUCCCUGCCCUUGAUUUCCCGCACCCCUGCCCUUGUUUCCUACCAUCCAUGCCCCUCGUUUCCCCCCUUUGUACGUUCAGCCUCUUCCCUCCCUGCCCCUCCCCUCCUCCCCCCCUGCCCUUUGCGUUCCCCUCGCUUACGCUCCCUUCUCCCCAUCCCUGCUGCCCUCUUGCCACCAUCAGCCCAUCCGCACCACCAGCCCCCCUCCCACCCUUCUCUCCCCCCCUCCCUUUCCCUCUCUCUCUCUCUCUCUCUCUCUUUCUCACACACACACGCACACUCCCCUCCCCCACCCCCCACCCACGUCCUCCCAUUCCGCCCCUCCCUGCCCCUUUCCCACCCCCUCGCACGCCCCUCACCUCCCACCUCCGUGCAACUGGUUUCCCCCCUAUGGUGCCUCCCUUGCAUCGCUCGCCCCUCUGCUCACCCUCUGCCCGCCCCUUUUCCGUGCCCUCAGCUGGCCCAGCCCCUGCCCGUUGCUGCCCCUCCCCUUGCCCCCUCAACUCCCCUGCCCCCCGUACACCCCAGUCCCAUCCAACCGCCCCCACCCUCCCCCGGCUGCCCGUUUCCGCUCUCCACCCCCGCGACCUCACACCCCCUGCCUCCUCAUGCCAUCCGCUCCCCCCCGCCCCCACCCUCCGCGUGCCCGCUCCCUUGCCGCCUCUUUUGACCCUCCCUGCCCCCCUCGCCGUUUCCCACCGCCCGCCAUUCGCUCCUCCCCGCCCGUGCGCUCCCCUCGUUUACCUUCUCCUCCCCCCUCCCCUCCUCUGCUGCACGCCUCUUCCUUCCCCUCGCCGACCCACUCCACUCCCUGCCCCUCCUCAAUCCGCACCCUGCCCCUCGUAUCUCGCCCCCCUAUGCUUGGUUUCUCCCCUCCCUGCCCCUCGCCGCCUUUCUCCGCUCCCCACCUCCCCCCUCUCCCUGCUCCCCCACUCUCCCCCCCUUGCCCUUGGCUUCCUACCUCCCUGCCCCACCUUUCCCCCCUCCGUGUGCUCAGCUUCUCCCCUCCCUGCCCCUCCCUCCUCCCCGCCCUGCCCCUCAUUUUCCGCCCCCCCACGCCCGGUUUCUCCCCUCCCCGCGCCUCCCUUUCUUUCUCCGUGCCUCUCCUUUGCUCCCUCCCUGCCCCCGCCUGCCCAUGCCCCUGUCUUUGGCUUCUCCCCUCCCUGCCCCACGUUUCUUCCCUCCCUGCCCCCCCUCUGCCCCUCCCUUGUUUUCCCCUCACCCAUUGCUUCUCCCCUCCCUGCCCUUGAUUUCCCGCACCCCUGCCCUUGUUUCCUACCAUCCAUGCCCCUCGUUUCCCCCCUUUGUACGUUCAGCCUCUUCCCUCCCUGCCCCUCCCCUCCUCCCCCCCUGCCCUUUGCGUUCCCCUCGCUACGCUCCCUUCUCCCCAUCCCUGCUGCCCUCUUGCCACCAUCAGCCCAUCCGCACCACCAGCCCCCCUCCCACCCUUCUCUCCCCCCUCCCUUCCCUCUCUCUCUCUCUCUCUCUCUCUCUCUCUCUCUUUCUCACACACACACGCACACUCCCCUCCCCCACCCCCCACCCACGUCCUCCCAUUCCGCCCCUCCCUGCCCCUUUCCCACCCCCUCGCACGCCCCUCACCUCCCACCUCCGUGCAACUGGUUUCCCCCCUAUGGUGCCUCCCUUGCAUCGCUCGCCCCGCUGCUCACCCUCUGCCCGCCCCUUUUCCGUGCCCUCAGCUGGCCCAGCCCCUGCCCGUUGCUGCCCCUCCCCUUGCCCCCUCAACUCCCCUGCCCCCCGUACACCCCAGUCCCAUCCAACCGCCCCCACCCUCCCCCGGCUGCCCGUUUCCGCUCUCCACCCCCGCGACCGUUCACACCCCCUGCCUCCUCAUGCCAUCCGCUCCCCCCCGCCCCCACCCUCCGCGUGCCCGCUCCCUUGCCGCCUCUUUUGACCCUCCCUGCCCCCCUCGCCGUUUCCCACCGCCCGCCAUUCGCUCCUCCCCGCCCGUGCGCUCCCCUCGUUUACCUUCUCCUCCCCCCUCCCCUCCUCUGCUGCACGCCUCUUCCUUCCCCUCGCCGACCCACUCCACUCCCUGCCCCUCCUCAAUCCGCACCCUGCCCCUCGUAUCUCGCCCCCCUAUGCUUGGUUUCUCCCCUCCCUGCCCCUCGCCGCCUUUCUCCGCUCCCCACCUCCCCCCUCUCCCUGCUCCCCCACUCUCCCCCCCUUGCCCUUGGCUUCCUACCUCCCUGCCCCACCUUUCCCCCCUCCGUGUGCUCAGCUUCUCCCCUCCCUGCCCCUCCCUCCUCCCCGCCCUGCCCCUCAUUUUCCGCCCCCCCACGCCCGGUUUCUCCCCUCCCCGCGCCUCCCUUUCUUUCUCCGUGCCUCUCCUUUGCUCCCUCCCUGCCCCCGCCUGCCCAUGCCCCUGUCUUUGGCUUCUCCCCUCCCUGCCCCACGUUUCUUCCCUCCCUGCCCCCCCUCUGCCCCUCCCUUGUUUUCCCCUCACCCAUUGCUUCUCCCCUCCCUGCCCUUGAUUUCCCGCACCCCUGCCCUUGUUUCCUACCAUCCAUGCCCCUCGUUUCCCCCCUUUGUACGUUCAGCCUCUUCCCUCCCUGCCCCUCCCCUCCUCCCCCCCUGCCCUUUGCGUUCCCCUCGUUACGCUCCCUUCUCCCCAUCCCUGCUGCCCUCUUGCCACCAUCAGCCCAUCCGCACCACCAGCCCCCCUCCCACCCUUCUCUCCCCCCCUCCCUUUCCCUCUCUCUCUCUCUCUCUCUCUCUCUCUCUCUCUUCUCACACACACACGCACACUCCCCUCCCCCACCCCCCACCCACGUCCUCCCAUUCCGCCCCUCCCUGCCCCUUUCCCACCCCCUCGCACGCCCCUCACCUCCCACCUCCGUGCAACUGGUUUCCCCCCUAUGGUGCCUCCCUUGCAUCGCUCGCCCCGCUGCUCACCCUCUGCCCGCCCCUUUUCCGUGCCCUCAGCUGGCCCAGCCCCUGCCCGUUGCUGCCCCUCCCCUUGCCCCCUCAACUCCCCUGCCCCCCGUACACCCCAGUCCCAUCCAACCGCCCCCACCCUCCCCCGGCUGCCCGUUUCCGCUCUCCACCCCCGCGACCGUUCACACCCCCUGCCUCCUCAUGCCAUCCGCUCCCCCCCGCCCCCACCCUCCGCGUGCCCGCUCCCUUGCCGCCUCUUUUGACCCUCCCUGCCCCCCUCGCCGUUUCCCACCGCCCGCCAUUCGCUCCUCCCCGCCCGUGCGCUCCCCUCGUUUACCUUCUCCUCCCCCCUUCCCCUCCUCUGCUGCACGCCUCUUCCUUCCCCUCGCCGACCCACUCCACUCCCUGCCCCUCCUCAAUCCGCACCCUGCCCCUCCUUCUCCCCUCCCUGCCCCUCCCUCCUCCCCGCCCUGCCCCUCAUUUUCCGCCCCCCCACGCCCGGUUUCUCCCCUCCCCGCGCCUCCCUUUCUUUCUCCGUGCCUCUCCUUUGCUCCCUCCCUGCCCCCGCCUGCCCAUGCCCCUGUCUUUGGCUUCUCCCCUCCCUGCCCCACGUUUCUUCCCUCCCUGCCCCCCCUCUGCCCCUCCCUUGUUUUCCCCUCACCCAUUGCUUCUCCCCUCCCUGCCCUUGAUUUCCCGCACCCCUGCCCUUGUUUCCUACCAUCCAUGCCCCUCGUUUCCCCCCUUUGUACGUUCAGCCUCUUCCCUCCCUGCCCCUCCCCUCCUCCCCCCCUGCCCUUUGCGUUCCCCUCGUUACGCUCCCUUCUCCCCAUCCCUGCUGCCCUCUUGCCACCAUCAGCCCAUCCGCACCACCAGCCCCCCUCCCACCCUUCUCUCCCCCCCUCCCUUUCCCUCUCUCUCUCUCUCUCUCUCUCUCUCUCUCUUUCUCACACACACACGCACACUCCCCUCCCCCACCCCCCACCCACGUCCUCCCAUUCCGCCCCUCCCUGCCCCUUUCCCACCCCCUCGCACGCCCCUCACCUCCCACCUCCGUGCAACUGGUUUCCCCCCUAUGGUGCCUCCCUUGCAUCGCUCGCCCCUCUGCUCACCCUCUGCCCGCCCCUUUUCCGUGCCCUCAGCUGGCCCAGCCCCUGCCCGUUGCUGCCCCUCCCCUUGCCCCCUCAACUCCCCUGCUCCCCGUACACCCCAGUCCCAUCCAACCGCCCCCACCCUCCCCCGGCUGCCCGUUUCCGCUCUCCACCCCCGCGACCGUUCACACCCCCUGCCUCCUCAUGCCAUCCGCUCCCCCCCGCCCCCACCCUCCGCGUGCCCGCUCCCUUGCCGCCUCUUUUGACCCUCCCUGCCCCCCUCGCCGUUUCCCACCGCCCGCCAUUCGCUCCUCCCCGCCCGUGCGCUCCCCUCGUUUACCUUCUCCUCCCCCCUCCCCUCCUCUGCUGCACGCCUCUUCCUUCCCCUCGCCGACCCACUCCACUCCCUGCCCCUCCUCAAUCCGCACCCUGCCCCUCGUAUCUCGCCCCCCUAUGCUUGGUUUCUCCCCUCCCUGCCCCUCGCCGCCUUUCUCCGCUCCCCACCUCCCCCCUCUCCCUGCUCCCCCACUCUCCCCCCCUUGCCCUUGGCUUCCUACCUCCCUGCCCCACCUUUCCCCCCUCCGUGUGCUCAGCUUCUCCCCUCCCUGCCCCUCCCUCCUCCCCGCCCUGCCCCUCAUUUUCCGCCCCCCCACGCCCGGUUUCUCCCCUCCCCGCGCCUCCCUUUCUUUCUCCGUGCCUCUCCUUUGCUCCCUCCCUGCCCCCGCCUGCCCAUGCCCCUGUCUUUGGCUUCUCCCCUCCCUGCCCCACGUUUCUUCCCUCCCUGCCCCCCCUCUGCCCCUCCCUUGUUUUCCCCUCACCCAUUGCUUCUCCCCUCCCUGCCCUUGAUUUCCCGCACCCCUGCCCUUGUUUCCUACCAUCCAUGCCCCUCGUUUCCCCCCUUUGUACGUUCAGCCUCUUCCCUCCCUGCCCCUCCCCUCCUCCCCCCCUGCCCUUUGCGUUCCCCUCGCUUACGCUCCCUUCUCCCCAUCCCUGCUGCCCUCUUGCCACCAUCAGCCCAUCCGCACCACCAGCCCCCCUCCCACCCUUCUCUCCCCCCCUCCCUUUCCCUCUCUCUCUCUCUCUCUCUCUCUUUCUCACACACACACGCACACUCCCCUCCCCCACCCCCCACCCACGUCCUCCCAUUCCGCCCCUCCCUGCCCCUUUCCCACCCCCUCGCACGCCCCUCACCUCCCACCUCCGUGCAACUGGUUUCCCCCCUAUGGUGCCUCCCUUGCAUCGCUCGCCCCUCUGCUCACCCUCUGCCCGCCCCUUUUCCGUGCCCUCAGCUGGCCCAGCCCCUGCCCGUUGCUGCCCCUCCCCUUGCCCCCUCAACUCCCCUGCCCCCCGUACACCCCAGUCCCAUCCAACCGCCCCCACCCUCCCCCGGCUGCCCGUUUCCGCUCUCCACCCCCGCGACCUCACACCCCCUGCCUCCUCAUGCCAUCCGCUCCCCCCCGCCCCCACCCUCCGCGUGCCCGCUCCCUUGCCGCCUCUUUUGACCCUCCCUGCCCCCCUCGCCGUUUCCCACCGCCCGCCAUUCGCUCCUCCCCGCCCGUGCGCUCCCCUCGUUUACCUUCUCCUCCCCCCUCCCCUCCUCUGCUGCACGCCUCUUCCUUCCCCUCGCCGACCCACUCCACUCCCUGCCCCUCCUCAAUCCGCACCCUGCCCCUCGUAUCUCGCCCCCCUAUGCUUGGUUUCUCCCCUCCCUGCCCCUCGCCGCCUUUCUCCGCUCCCCACCUCCCCCCUCUCCCUGCUCCCCCACUCUCCCCCCCUUGCCCUUGGCUUCCUACCUCCCUGCCCCACCUUUCCCCCCUCCGUGUGCUCAGCUUCUCCCCUCCCUGCCCCUCCCUCCUCCCCGCCCUGCCCCUCAUUUUCCGCCCCCCCACGCCCGGUUUCUCCCCUCCCCGCGCCUCCCUUUCUUUCUCCGUGCCUCUCCUUUGCUCCCUCCCUGCCCCCGCCUGCCCAUGCCCCUGUCUUUGGCUUCUCCCCUCCCUGCCCCACGUUUCUUCCCUCCCUGCCCCCCCUCUGCCCCUCCCUUGUUUUCCCCUCACCCAUUGCUUCUCCCCUCCCUGCCCUUGAUUUCCCGCACCCCUGCCCUUGUUUCCUACCAUCCAUGCCCCUCGUUUCCCCCCUUUGUACGUUCAGCCUCUUCCCUCCCUGCCCCUCCCCUCCUCCCCCCCUGCCCUUUGCGUUCCCCUCGUUACGCUCCCUUCUCCCCAUCCCUGCUGCCCUCUUGCCACCAUCAGCCCAUCCGCACCACCAGCCCCCCUCCCACCCUUCUCUCCCCCCCUCCCUUUCCCUCUCUCUCUCUCUCUCUCUCUCUUUCUCACACACACACGCACACUCCCCUCCCCCACCCCCCACCCACGUCCUCCCAUUCCGCCCCUCCCUGCCCCUUUCCCACCCCCUCGCACGCCCCUCACCUCCCACCUCCGUGCAACUGGUUUCCCCCCUAUGGUGCCUCCCUUGCAUCGCUCGCCCCUCUGCUCACCCUCUGCCCGCCCCUUUUCCGUGCCCUCAGCUGGCCCAGCCCCUGCCCGUUGCUGCCCCUCCCCUUGCCCCCUCAACUCCCCUGCCCCCCGUACACCCCAGUCCCAUCCAACCGCCCCCACCCUCCCCCGGCUGCCCGUUUCCGCUCUCCACCCCCGCGACCGUGUGCGGCUUCCAACCGCCCAACGGUGGUGCGCACGGGGCGUUUCUUCGCACGGGCAAGCCUCCCCGGGGGGCCCCCACCCCGCUGAGUCGUUUCACACCCCCUGCCUCCUCAUGCCAUCCGCUCCCCCCCGCCCCCACCCUCCGCGUGCCCGCUCCCUUGCCGCCUCUUUUGACCCUCCCUGCCCCCCUCGCCGUUUCCCACCGCCCGCCAUUCGCUCCUCCCCGCCCGUGCGCUCCCCUCGUUUACCUUCUCCUCCCCCCUCCCCUCCUCUGCUGCACGCCUCUUCCUUCCCCUCGCCGACCCACUCCACUCCCUGCCCCUCCUCAAUCCGCACCCUGCCCCUCGUAUCUCGCCCCCCUAUGCUUGGUUUCUCCCCUCCCUGCCCCUCGCCGCCUUUCUCCGCUCCCCACCUCCCCCCUCUCCCUGCUCCCCCACUCUCCCCCCCUUGCCCUUGGCUUCCUACCUCCCUGCCCCACCUUUCCCCCCUCCGUGUGCUCAGCUUCUCCCCUCCCUGCCCCUCCCUCCUCCCCGCCCUGCCCCUCAUUUUCCGCCCCCCCACGCCCGGUUUCUCCCCUCCCCGCGCCUCCCUUUCUUUCUCCGUGCCUCUCCUUUGCUCCCUCCCUGCCCCCGCCUGCCCAUGCCCCUGUCUUUGGCUUCUCCCCUCCCUGCCCCACGUUUCUUCCCUCCCUGCCCCCCCUCUGCCCCUCCCUUGUUUUCCCCUCACCCAUUGCUUCUCCCCUCCCUGCCCUUGAUUUCCCGCACCCCUGCCCUUGUUUCCUACCAUCCAUGCCCCUCGUUUCCCCCCUUUGUACGUUCAGCCUCUUCCCUCCCUGCCCCUCCCCUCCUCCCCCCCUGCCCUUUGCGUUCCCCUCGCUACGCUCCCUUCUCCCCAUCCCUGCUGCCCUCUUGCCACCAUCAGCCCAUCCGCACCACCAGCCCCCCUCCCACCCUUCUCUCCCCCCCUCCCUUUCCCUCUCUCUCUCUCUCUCUCUCUCUCUUUCUCACACACACACGCACACUCCCCUCCCCCACCCCCCACCCACGUCCUCCCAUUCCGCCCCUCCCUGCCCCUUUCCCACCCCCUCGCACGCCCCUCACCUCCCACCUCCGUGCAACUGGUUUCCCCCCUAUGGUGCCUCCCUUGCAUCGCUCGCCCCGCUGCUCACCCUCUGCCCGCCCCUUUUCCGUGCCCUCAGCUGGCCCAGCCCCUGCCCGUUGCUGCCCCUCCCCUUGCCCCCUCAACUCCCCUGCCCCCCGUACACCCCAGUCCCAUCCAACCGCCCCCACCCUCCCCCGGCUGCCCGUUUCCGCUCUCCACCCCCGCGACCGUUCACACCCCCUGCCUCCUCAUGCCAUCCGCUCCCCCCCGCCCCCACCCUCCGCGUGCCCGCUCCCUUGCCGCCUCUUUUGACCCUCCCUGCCCCCCUCGCCGUUUCCCACCGCCCGCCAUUCGCUCCUCCCCGCCCGUGCGCUCCCCUCGUUUACCUUCUCCUCCCCCCUCCCCUCCUCUGCUGCACGCCUCUUCCUUCCCCUCGCCGACCCACUCCACUCCCUGCCCCUCCUCAAUCCGCACCCUGCCCCUCGUAUCUCGCCCCCCUAUGCUUGGUUUCUCCCCUCCCUGCCCCUCGCCGCCUUUCUCCGCUCCCCACCUCCCCCCUCUCCCUGCUCCCCCACUCUCCCCCCCUUGCCCUUGGCUUCCUACCUCCCUGCCCCACCUUUCCCCCCUCCGUGUGCUCAGCUUCUCCCCUCCCUGCCCCUCCCUCCUCCCCGCCCUGCCCCUCAUUUUCCGCCCCCCCACGCCCGGUUUCUCCCCUCCCCGCGCCUCCCUUUCUUUCUCCGUGCCUCUCCUUUGCUCCCUCCCUGCCCCCGCCUGCCCAUGCCCCUGUCUUUGGCUUCUCCCCUCCCUGCCCCACGUUUCUUCCCUCCCUGCCCCCCCUCUGCCCCUCCCUUGUUUUCCCCUCACCCAUUGCUUCUCCCCUCCCUGCCCUUGAUUUCCCGCACCCCUGCCCUUGUUUCCUACCAUCCAUGCCCCUCGUUUCCCCCCUUUGUACGUUCAGCCUCUUCCCUCCCUGCCCCUCCCCUCCUCCCCCCCUGCCCUUUGCGUUCCCCUCGUUACGCUCCCUUCUCCCCAUCCCUGCUGCCCUCUUGCCACCAUCAGCCCAUCCGCACCACCAGCCCCCCUCCCACCCUUCUCUCCCCCCUCCCUUCCCUCUCUCUCUCUCUCUCUCUCUCUCUCUCUCUCUCUUUCUCACACACACACGCACACUCCCCUCCCCCACCCCCCACCCACGUCCUCCCAUUCCGCCCCUCCCUGCCCCUUUCCCACCCCCUCGCACGCCCCUCACCUCCCACCUCCGUGCAACUGGUUUCCCCCCUAUGGUGCCUCCCUUGCAUCGCUCGCCCCGCUGCUCACCCUCUGCCCGCCCCUUUUCCGUGCCCUCAGCUGGCCCAGCCCCUGCCCGUUGCUGCCCCUCCCCUUGCCCCCUCAACUCCCCUGCCCCCCGUACACCCCAGUCCCAUCCAACCGCCCCCACCCUCCCCCGGCUGCCCGUUUCCGCUCUCCACCCCCGCGACCUCACACCCCCUGCCUCCUCAUGCCAUCCGCUCCCCCCCGCCCCCACCCUCCGCGUGCCCGCUCCCUUGCCGCCUCUUUUGACCCUCCCUGCCCCCCUCGCCGUUUCCCACCGCCCGCCAUUCGCUCCUCCCCGCCCGUGCGCUCCCCUCGUUUACCUUCUCCUCCCCCCUCCCCUCCUCUGCUGCACGCCUCUUCCUUCCCCUCGCCGACCCACUCCACUCCCUGCCCCUCCUCAAUCCGCACCCUGCCCCUCGUAUCUCGCCCCCCUAUGCUUGGUUUCUCCCCUCCCUGCCCCUCGCCGCCUUUCUCCGCUCCCCACCUCCCCCCUCUCCCUGCUCCCCCACUCUCCCCCCCUUGCCCUUGGCUUCCUACCUCCCUGCCCCACCUUUCCCCCCUCCGUGUGCUCAGCUUCUCCCCUCCCUGCCCCUCCCUCCUCCCCGCCCUGCCCCUCAUUUUCCGCCCCCCCACGCCCGGUUUCUCCCCUCCCCGCGCCUCCCUUUCUUUCUCCGUGCCUCUCCUUUGCUCCCUCCCUGCCCCCGCCUGCCCAUGCCCCUGUCUUUGGCUUCUCCCCUCCCUGCCCCACGUUUCUUCCCUCCCUGCCCCCCCUCUGCCCCUCCCUUGUUUUCCCCUCACCCAUUGCUUCUCCCCUCCCUGCCCUUGAUUUCCCGCACCCCUGCCCUUGUUUCCUACCAUCCAUGCCCCUCGUUUCCCCCCUUUGUACGUUCAGCCUCUUCCCUCCCUGCCCCUCCCCUCCUCCCCCCCUGCCCUUUGCGUUCCCCUCGUUACGCUCCCUUCUCCCCAUCCCUGCUGCCCUCUUGCCACCAUCAGCCCAUCCGCACCACCAGCCCCCCUCCCACCCUUCUCUCCCCCCCUCCCUUUCCCUCUCUCUCUCUCUCUCUCUCUCUCUCUCUCUCUCUCUUUCUCACACACACACGCACACUCCCCUCCCCCACCCCCCACCCACGUCCUCCCAUUCCGCCCCUCCCUGCCCCUUUCCCACCCCCUCGCACGCCCCUCACCUCCCACCUCCGUGCAACUGGUUUCCCCCCUAUGGUGCCUCCCUUGCAUCGCUCGCCCCGCUGCUCACCCUCUGCCCGCCCCUUUUCCGUGCCCUCAGCUGGCCCAGCCCCUGCCCGUUGCUGCCCCUCCCCUUGCCCCCUCAACUCCCCUGCCCCCCGUACACCCCAGUCCCAUCCAACCGCCCCCACCCUCCCCCGGCUGCCCGUUUCCGCUCUCCACCCCCGCGACCGUUCACACCCCCUGCCUCCUCAUGCCAUCCGCUCCCCCCCGCCCCCACCCUCCGCGUGCCCGCUCCCUUGCCGCCUCUUUUGACCCUCCCUGCCCCCCUCGCCGUUUCCCACCGCCCGCCAUUCGCUCCUCCCCGCCCGUGCGCUCCCCUCGUUUACCUUCUCCUCCCCCCUCCCCUCCUCUGCUGCACGCCUCUUCCUUCCCCUCGCCGACCCACUCCACUCCCUGCCCCUCCUCAAUCCGCACCCUGCCCCUCGUAUCUCGCCCCCCUAUGCUUGGUUUCUCCCCUCCCUGCCCCUCGCCGCCUUUCUCCGCUCCCCACCUCCCCCCUCUCCCUGCUCCCCCACUCUCCCCCCCUUGCCCUUGGCUUCCUACCUCCCUGCCCCACCUUUCCCCCCUCCGUGUGCUCAGCUUCUCCCCUCCCUGCCCCUCCCUCCUCCCCGCCCUGCCCCUCAUUUUCCGCCCCCCCACGCCCGGUUUCUCCCCUCCCCGCGCCUCCCUUUCUUUCUCCGUGCCUCUCCUUUGCUCCCUCCCUGCCCCCGCCUGCCCAUGCCCCUGUCUUUGGCUUCUCCCCUCCCUGCCCCACGUUUCUUCCCUCCCUGCCCCCCCUCUGCCCCUCCCUUGUUUUCCCCUCACCCAUUGCUUCUCCCCUCCCUGCCCUUGAUUUCCCGCACCCCUGCCCUUGUUUCCUACCAUCCAUGCCCCUCGUUUCCCCCCUUUGUACGUUCAGCCUCUUCCCUCCCUGCCCCUCCCCUCCUCCCCCCCUGCCCUUUGCGUUCCCCUCGCUUACGCUCCCUUCUCCCCAUCCCUGCUGCCCUCUUGCCACCAUCAGCCCAUCCGCACCACCAGCCCCCCUCCCACCCUUCUCUCCCCCCCUCCCUUUCCCUCUCUCUCUCUCUCUCUCUCUCUCUCUUUCUCACACACACACGCACACUCCCCUCCCCCACCCCCCACCCACGUCCUCCCAUUCCGCCCCUCCCUGCCCCUUUCCCACCCCCUCGCACGCCCCUCACCUCCCACCUCCGUGCAACUGGUUUCCCCCCUAUGGUGCCUCCCUUGCAUCGCUCGCCCCUCUGCUCACCCUCUGCCCGCCCCUUUUCCGUGCCCUCAGCUGGCCCAGCCCCUGCCCGUUGCUGCCCCUCCCCUUGCCCCCUCAACUCCCCUGCCCCCCGUACACCCCAGUCCCAUCCAACCGCCCCCACCCUCCCCCGGCUGCCCGUUUCCGCUCUCCACCCCCGCGACCGUUCACACCCCCUGCCUCCUCAUGCCAUCCGCUCCCCCCCGCCCCCACCCUCCGCGUGCCCGCUCCCUUGCCGCCUCUUUUGACCCUCCCUGCCCCCCUCGCCGUUUCCCACCGCCCGCCAUUCGCUCCUCCCCGCCCGUGCGCUCCCCUCGUUUACCUUCUCCUCCCCCCUCCCCUCCUCUGCUGCACGCCUCUUCCUUCCCCUCGCCGACCCACUCCACUCCCUGCCCCUCCUCAAUCCGCACCCUGCCCCUCGUAUCUCGCCCCCCUAUGCUUGGUUUCUCCCCUCCCUGCCCCUCGCCGCCUUUCUCCGCUCCCCACCUCCCCCCUCUCCCUGCUCCCCCACUCUCCCCCCCUUGCCCUUGGCUUCCUACCUCCCUGCCCCACCUUUCCCCCCUCCGUGUGCUCAGCUUCUCCCCUCCCUGCCCCUCCCUCCUCCCCGCCCUGCCCCUCAUUUUCCGCCCCCCCACGCCCGGUUUCUCCCCUCCCCGCGCCUCCCUUUCUUUCUCCGUGCCUCUCCUUUGCUCCCUCCCUGCCCCCGCCUGCCCAUGCCCCUGUCUUUGGCUUCUCCCCUCCCUGCCCCACGUUUCUUCCCUCCCUGCCCCCCCUCUGCCCCUCCCUUGUUUUCCCCUCACCCAUUGCUUCUCCCCUCCCUGCCCUUGAUUUCCCGCACCCCUGCCCUUGUUUCCUACCAUCCAUGCCCCUCGUUUCCCCCCUUUGUACGUUCAGCCUCUUCCCUCCCUGCCCCUCCCCUCCUCCCCCCCUGCCCUUUGCGUUCCCCUCGCUACGCUCCCUUCUCCCCAUCCCUGCUGCCCUCUUGCCACCAUCAGCCCAUCCGCACCACCAGCCCCCCUCCCACCCUUCUCUCCCCCCCUCCCUUUCCCUCUCUCUCUCUCUCUCUCUCUCUUUCUCACACACACACGCACACUCCCCUCCCCCACCCCCCACCCACGUCCUCCCAUUCCGCCCCUCCCUGCCCCUUUCCCACCCCCUCGCACGCCCCUCACCUCCCACCUCCGUGCAACUGGUUUCCCCCCUAUGGUGCCUCCCUUGCAUCGCUCGCCCCGCUGCUCACCCUCUGCCCGCCCCUUUUCCGUGCCCUCAGCUGGCCCAGCCCCUGCCCGUUGCUGCCCCUCCCCUUGCCCCCUCAACUCCCCUGCCCCCCGUACACCCCAGUCCCAUCCAACCGCCCCCACCCUCCCCCGGCUGCCCGUUUCCGCUCUCCACCCCCGCGACCGUGUGCGGCUUCCAACCGCCCAACGGUGGUGCGCACGGGGCGUUUCUUCGCACGGGCAAGCCUCCCCGGGGGGCCCCCACCCCGCUGAGUCGUUUCACACCCCCUGCCUCCUCAUGCCAUCCGCUCCCCCCCGCCCCCACCCUCCGCGUGCCCGCUCCCUUGCCGCCUCUUUUGACCCUCCCUGCCCCCCUCGCCGUUUCCCACCGCCCGCCAUUCGCUCCUCCCCGCCCGUGCGCUCCCCUCGUUUACCUUCUCCUCCCCCCUCCCCUCCUCUGCUGCACGCCUCUUCCUUCCCCUCGCCGACCCACUCCACUCCCUGCCCCUCCUCAAUCCGCACCCUGCCCCUCGUAUCUCGCCCCCCUAUGCUUGGUUUCUCCCCUCCCUGCCCCUCGCCGCCUUUCUCCGCUCCCCACCUCCCCCCUCUCCCUGCUCCCCCACUCUCCCCCCCUUGCCCUUGGCUUCCUACCUCCCUGCCCCACCUUUCCCCCCUCCGUGUGCUCAGCUUCUCCCCUCCCUGCCCCUCCCUCCUCCCCGCCCUGCCCCUCAUUUUCCGCCCCCCCACGCCCGGUUUCUCCCCUCCCCGCGCCUCCCUUUCUUUCUCCGUGCCUCUCCUUUGCUCCCUCCCUGCCCCCGCCUGCCCAUGCCCCUGUCUUUGGCUUCUCCCCUCCCUGCCCCACGUUUCUUCCCUCCCUGCCCCCCCUCUGCCCCUCCCUUGUUUUCCCCUCACCCAUUGCUUCUCCCCUCCCUGCCCUUGAUUUCCCGCACCCCUGCCCUUGUUUCCUACCAUCCAUGCCCCUCGUUUCCCCCCUUUGUACGUUCAGCCUCUUCCCUCCCUGCCCCUCCCCUCCUCCCCCCCUGCCCUUUGCGUUCCCCUCGUUACGCUCCCUUCUCCCCAUCCCUGCUGCCCUCUUGCCACCAUCAGCCCAUCCGCACCACCAGCCCCCCUCCCACCCUUCUCUCCCCCCCCUCCUUCCCUCUCUCUCUCUCUCUCUCUCUCUCUCUCUCUCUUUCUCACACACACACGCACACUCCCCUCCCCCACCCCCCACCCACGUCCUCCCAUUCCGCCCCUCCCUGCCCCUUUCCCACCCCCUCGCACGCCCCUCACCUCCCACCUCCGUGCAACUGGUUUCCCCCCUAUGGUGCCUCCCUUGCAUCGCUCGCCCCGCUGCUCACCCUCUGCCCGCCCCUUUUCCGUGCCCUCAGCUGGCCCAGCCCCUGCCCGUUGCUGCCCCUCCCCUUGCCCCCUCAACUCCCCUGCCCCCCGUACACCCCAGUCCCAUCCAACCGCCCCCACCCUCCCCCGGCUGCCCGUUUCCGCUCUCCACCCCCGCGACCGUGUGCGGCUUCCAACCGCCCAACGGUGGUGCGCACGGGGCGUUUCUUCGCACGGGCAAGCCUCCCCGGGGGGCCCCCACCCCGCUGAGUCGUUUCACACCCCCUGCCUCCUCAUGCCAUCCGCUCCCCCCCGCCCCCACCCUCCGCGUGCCCGCUCCCUUGCCGCCUCUUUUGACCCUCCCUGCCCCCCUCGCCGUUUCCCACCGCCCGCCAUUCGCUCCUCCCCGCCCGUGCGCUCCCCUCGUUUACCUUCUCCUCCCCCCUCCCCUCCUCUGCUGCACGCCUCUUCCUUCCCCUCGCCGACCCACUCCACUCCCUGCCCCUCCUCAAUCCGCACCCUGCCCCUCGUAUCUCGCCCCCCUAUGCUUGGUUUCUCCCCUCCCUGCCCCUCGCCGCCUUUCUCCGCUCCCCACCUCCCCCCUCUCCCUGCUCCCCCACUCUCCCCCCCUUGCCCUUGGCUUCCUACCUCCCUGCCCCACCUUUCCCCCCUCCGUGUGCUCAGCUUCUCCCCUCCCUGCCCCUCCCUCCUCCCCGCCCUGCCCCUCAUUUUCCGCCCCCCCACGCCCGGUUUCUCCCCUCCCCGCGCCUCCCUUUCUUUCUCCGUGCCUCUCCUUUGCUCCCUCCCUGCCCCCGCCUGCCCAUGCCCCUGUCUUUGGCUUCUCCCCUCCCUGCCCCACGUUUCUUCCCUCCCUGCCCCCCCUCUGCCCCUCCCUUGUUUUCCCCUCACCCAUUGCUUCUCCCCUCCCUGCCCUUGAUUUCCCGCACCCCUGCCCUUGUUUCCUACCAUCCAUGCCCCUCGUUUCCCCCCUUUGUACGUUCAGCCUCUUCCCUCCCUGCCCCUCCCCUCCUCCCCCCCUGCCCUUUGCGUUCCCCUCGCUACGCUCCCUUCUCCCCAUCCCUGCUGCCCUCUUGCCACCAUCAGCCCAUCCGCACCACCAGCCCCCCUCCCACCCUUCUCUCCCCCCCUCCCUUUCCCUCUCUCUCUCUCUCUCUCUCUCUCUCUCUCUUUCUCACACACACACGCACACUCCCCUCCCCCACCCCCCACCCACGUCCUCCCAUUCCGCCCCUCCCUGCCCCUUUCCCACCCCCUCGCACGCCCCUCACCUCCCACCUCCGUGCAACUGGUUUCCCCCCUAUGGUGCCUCCCUUGCAUCGCUCGCCCCUCUGCUCACCCUCUGCCCGCCCCUUUUCCGUGCCCUCAGCUGGCCCAGCCCCUGCCCGUUGCUGCCCCUCCCCUUGCCCCCUCAACUCCCCUGCCCCCCGUACACCCCAGUCCCAUCCAACCGCCCCCACCCUCCCCCGGCUGCCCGUUUCCGCUCUCCACCCCCGCGACCGUGUGCGGCUUCCAACCGCCCAACGGUGGUGCGCACGGGGCGUUUCUUCGCACGGGCAAGCCUCCCCGGGGGGCCCCCACCCCGCUGA